AUGGCGGCAUCCACCACCAACGUCAUCAACCGCCUCCGUGCGUUCAGCCGCGGCGAAAUCGACAUCCCCGACCUCGAGAUGUUCCAAAUCAUCGACGCCGAGAUCCUCAAAGCCAAGCAACCUUUCACGACGACCCACAAGGUCAUGUUCACAAACACCUUUGGAGCUCACAAGGCCAUCGCCUUGGUGCUCUCCCAGCUCUCCCCGGACUGCAAGAAGAUUGCCUUCAUCAUGAAGGGCGGCGUUGCUCGACAUGAUCACUGGCGCGCUGAGCAGCUCUCUGGGGCUGGUCUCCUCGACUUCUUCGACUAUACUACUGGCGACGAGCUGAACCCAGGAAGCCUGUUAUGGGAGAUCGACCUGCAUACCAACGACGAGGGCCAGCAGGCCGUGAAGGAUAUGAGAUGCGUGGUCUUCGUGCCUGAAGACGAAGAGGGAAGGUCGCUGGCGGACUUUUAUGUCACCUUCUUCCAGGACCGCCUCGACCAUGGCUCCAAGCACCCAGUGACGGGCGAGCGUAUACUUAAGAUUCCUCAGCUCGGCCAGCUAGGCCGCGGCUACAUCCAGCAUACCAUCAAGGAGGAUGACUGCGAGGAGGCCCUGAUCUACGCUCUCGGCCAUCUCAUCGAUACAGUCCGGACGGGCACUAGUAUGGAGAACGACGGAGAUAUCAACAUGGCGGAGAUGAUCGGUGGCUUAGGCCUGUAUGUGCUCUCCAAGACCAACGACGUGGACAAAGCCUGGGGCGACCUGGACUGGCUCAUCAACACCAUUAACGGGCCCCACGACAUCCGGCAGCGCCGAGGCCCGACCGGAGUUCAAUUCUUCCCAACCUAA